AUGGGAGAGGGUCGGGGCCAGGAGAGGACCAGGACCCAAAGAGGACCAGGACCCAAUGAGGACAAAGGACCCAAAGAGGACCAGGACCCAAUGAGGACAAAGGACCCAAAGAGGACCAGGACCCAAAGAGGACCAGGACCCAAAGAGGACACAGGACCCAAAGAGGACCAGGACCCAAUGAGGACAAAGGACCCAAAGAGGACACAGGACCCAAAGAGGACCAGGACCCAAAGAGGACACAGGACCCAAAGAGGACCAGGACCCAAUGAGGACAAAGGACCCAAAGAGGACAGAGGACCCAAAGAGGACCAGGACCGGGAGAGGACCAGGACCCAAAGAGGACACAGGACCCAAAGAGGACCAGGACCGGGAGAGGACCAGGACCGGGAGAGGACCAAGAUCGGGAGAGGACCAAGAUCCUCAGAUUUGGAGCUGAUUCUGUCUUUCUUCAAUAAAGCAGACUGGACCAACACUUCUACUCAGAAAUGA